AGACACCGUGAAGAGCGCUUUUAAACGAUAAAAAGGAAAGGAGCAACUCUCACGAACUCAAAUCCUUGAAGCUUUGCAAGUGUCUGCCAUGGAUUAUCUCAAGACAGUUGUGCCCUCACAACUCAUUGCGGAGCGUGGCUCCAACCUAGUCGUCAUCAACCCAGGCUCAGCCAAUGUAAGAAUAGGUUUGGCACAGCAGGAUUGCCCGAUUAGCGUCCCGCAUUGCAUUGCUAGACGAACAUCGCAGGUUCCUAAAAAAAAUGUUCAGGACCAGUUGCUUAAUUCUCAGAUUACCACAGUGCAGCACAUGGAGCGUGAAAGGGCUUAUGACAUUAUUGCAUCUUUGUUGAAAAUUCGAUUUCUGGACGAGGAGGUGAUGAACGGUCAAUAUCCACAAAAGAUGGGUCGUGUGGAUGCGCUUCCUCAGCAAAGUAAUAGCAAAAAGGAUACAGUUAUUCCAUGGACUGAUGUGUUCGAGAAAGGAACAUCUUCAUCUUCAGUAGAAGUUAACCUUGUUACAGGAAGUUCGCAGAGAUUGGGGGAGUCUUCUACCCAAAAUGAAGAUAAUGUUGAUGAUGGCCCCAGUUCAACUGAACCUAAGUAUAGAGAGUAUAUCAUUGGUGAGGAGGCUCUCCGAAUACCACCUAAUGAACCAUAUUGUUUGCGACGACCUAUUCGAAGAGGUCACUUCAAUAUUUCUAUGUAUUAUCCGGCGCAGCAGGUAAUUGAAGACAUGCAUUGUAUCUGGGAUUGGGUUUUGACUGAAAAACUGCACAUACCUCCUAGUGAAAGACACAUGUAUUCUGCAGUUAUUGUUGUUCCAGAGUCUUUUGAUAACCGCGAAAUGAAGGAAGUUAUAUCUGUUGUUCUUAGAGACUUGCAUUUCAACACAGCAGUGGUCCACCAGGAAGGCCUUGCUGCAGUUUUUGGGAAUGGUUUAUCAACAGCAUGUGUUGUGAAUAUUGGUGCUCAAGUUACUUCAGUUAUCUGCAUUGAGGAUGGAGUGGCACUGCCUACUACUCAGAUUAUUCUACGAUAUGGUGGAGAGGAUAUAUCAAGAUGUCUUCUUUGGACUCAGAGGCAUCAUCAGACAUGGCCAGCAAUCCGCACUGAUCCUCUGACAAGGCCCAUAGACUUGUUGAUGCUGAAUCAGCUUCGAGUGUCUCACUGCCAGAUCAGAGAAGGUGAAGUUGAAGCUUUUGCAGUUGUCCACUCUUAUGAACAUGGUGCACCACCAGGAUUUCACAAGACAAGACUAACUGCGCUUAAUGUUCCUCCAAUGGGUUUGUUCUACCCAAUGCUUUUGGUUCCGGAUGUUUAUCCACCACCGCCUCGGACAUGGUUCAGUGACAAUGAGGACAUGCUGGAAGAAACGUGGGAUUUUUCCAGAAGAUCAGACAUGUCGGAUGGUUACUUCUCUGGUGGUGGUGGUUAUUUUCCGAUGUGGGAUAACUACCCUAUAUUUCACUCAAAGCCAAAAAAGCAGGAUUGCAUUGGACUUGCUGACGCCAUCACAAAAAGUAUUCUUUCAACAGGGCGUAUAGAUCUGCAGAGAAAAUUGUUCUGUAGCAUGCAAUUGAUAGGUGGAGUGGCCAUGACAGAGGGUCUUAUUUCUGCUGUUGAAGAGAGAGUAUUGCACGCAAUUCCUUCCCAUGAGGCCAUUGAUACUGUGGAGGUCUUGCAAUCUAGAACAAACCCUGCAUUCGUGCCAUGGAAAGGUGGAGCUAUACUGGGAAUCCUUGAUUAUGUUCGCGAUGCCUGGAUACACCGCGAGGAUUGGAUCCGAAACGGUGUUCAUAUACCGAGUGCUAGAAAGUACAAAGAUUCAUAUUUUCUACAAGCACAAUCCAUGAGCUACAUAAAUAAUUAGGUAACAAAUGUAUCAUUCCCUUCACUAUUACAUUUUACAUUUUCAUUGUAGCAGCAGAUUGAGAAUUAACAAGUCUUGCGACAUAUAUAUCAUCAUUGAUAAUUGAUUUUUAGAUCUGUCUUAUUCUACAAAAAUCAAAUAAGCAUCACAAUACUGACCUCUGACUUGGUUUGAAUAUUUCACAAUUUUCUGUAUCUGCCAAUUUUGGUAAUUAUAUUUUAUAAACUUUGAGUUUGGCAAAUGAGUUGAAUUUAUA